UGACAUGUGGAGAAUCGAGGGUAUACUUCCCUAUUUACGUACACUUUCGUUGAAACGUUGUUUCUUGUACUUCAUUUUCGCUUUCGCAAUAUUAUUUAUUUUUGCUAUGGCUAAGGUGAAUCGGGUUUUGACUUUGCUGGACAGUCAUUCACAUUCGCAUUCGUCUCGCGUCGGUAAUUCCACAAAUCGUGCAAGGAGCGAGGUUGCCCCAGACAACAGCCAACAAGUAGUACAAGAAUUCCAGGUGGACACAGGCGAUGAAGAACCGAGCAAGGCUUUAAUGUUCAAUCUCACAAAAUCAUCCUAUAGCAAGACAAUUCAUGAAGAAAGUAAGCUUUCACCAGAAGUCCUCCCGGAACCGCUCCAGAACAACGUCGUCACUAAAUAUAAACCAAAUUGGGCAUCAGUUGACAGUCGCCCUAUACCGUCCUGGUUCGAUGAAGCCAAAUUCGGUAUCUUCAUACACUGGGGAUUAUUCUCUGUACCCAGCUUUAAAAACGAGUGGUUUUGGUAUCAAUGGAAAGGUCAAAAACAAGCAGACUAUGUGAAAUUCAUGGACGACAACUACCCGCCAAACUUCCAGUACCCAGACUUUGCUCCUCAAUUCAAAGCAGAGUUUUACGACCCAGACAAAUGGACUGAUAUUUUACAGGCAUCGGGAGCCAAAUAUUUGGUAUUAACAAGUAAACACCAUGAAGGCUGGACUAACUGGGGAUCUAAGUACUCUUGGAAUUGGAACGCUGUGGACCUAGGACCACACAGAGAUCUCCUGGGUGACCUGGCAAAUUCCAUUCGUAAGAAAACUGAUUUGCACUUUGGUUUGUAUUAUUCACUUUUUGAAUGGUUCCAUCCUCUUUACUUGGAGGACAAGAAGAAUGGGUUCAAAACACAGAAGUAUGUUGAGACUGUUAUGAACCCACAGUUAGCUGAGAUUGUUAAUACGUAUAAACCUGAGGUUGUUUGGUCUGAUGGUGACUGGGAAGCUCCAGACACAUACUGGAAUAGUACAGACUUCCUGGCAUGGCUAUAUAAUUACAGUCCGGUGAAAGACACGGUAGUUGUUAAUGAUAGAUGGGGUAGUGGAGAUACUUGUCAUCAUGGUGGUUAUUUUACAUGCACCGAUCGCUAUAACCCUGGAGUGUUACAGGAACACAAGUGGGAGAACUGCAUGACAAUUGACAAGAAAUCCUGGGGUUAUCGUAGAGACUCUUACCUCUCAGACUACUUAGAUAUGGAUGAUUUAACCCAAUCAUUAGCUGAAACUGUCAGUUGUGGAGGCAAUCUUUUAAUGAAUAUUGGGCCAACCCAUGAUGGUAGAAUCAUGCCCAUUUUUGAAGAACGACUGCGUGAUAUGGGAGGUUGGUUGAAAGUUAAUGGAGAAGCUAUUUACUCCAGUAAGCCAUGGACGUCUCAGAAUGACACAGUAACGAAAGGUGUAUGGUAUACCAGUAAACCUGAUGCAGUGUAUGGUAUUGUACUAGACUGGCCACCAUCUAAUGAGUUGAUACUAGGAUCUCCACAAUCGACUGAAAAAACAACUGUGCAAAUGCUGGGAUAUGCAACAAUGCUGUCAUGGAAACCAAAUCCAACAAAGGGUAUCACCGUCGCCAUGCCAACACUAAAUGCAGAUCAAAUACCAUGUCAGUGGGCAUGGGUUUUAAAGUUUAAAAAUAUAAAAUAAUAAUUUGAGAGAGUGGAGUUACUGAGACAAAUAAACAGAAAAGUAAUACAAGUAAUAUAAUUUGUUAUAUUUGGAUAAUGGUGUUAAGUCUGAAAAUAUAAUUGGAGAAAACAAAUUGAAUAUUGGAUGUACAUAUGAAGGUAUUUUUUGUUGCUACUUAGAUGAUGUAAUGUCCAUUUUGGUACCGUUACUCAUGUAAUGAUUAAUGUGAUUAUCUUUCCGCACAUAUUAUACUAUGUAACAUUUAUCUUCGACAAGAAGACGUUUUGUAAAUAAGUACCGUAAGGUUACAUGUAUGUAGUAUUGAAGCCUGGGAUCAAAUAUUAUAAUGUACAUGCAUUGGCUAACCCGAUUACACCAUUGAAUUACCUAGAUACAUUGAAGUGAAAUAAUACUUUGAUAUAAUGGAAAACUUGUGUUCAAGUUGCAAAACAGUAUCUUACAAAGCAAGUCUGAAACUAAUUUUACUUGAAAAUUUUUCAAAUGAAAUUCAGUUUUGUAUUUUUGUUUUAUAGCAUCAACUAUUUUUCAAAUAAAUCGCAUACAAUUGUA